UAGAACCCUUUUGCUUAUCAAUCAUUCAAAACUCAAGUGUGCAAGGCUUUCGGUUACAGAACACGGAGAUAAAAUUACUCGCAUAUGCUGACGAUGUGGCAGUACUCUGCCAAGAUAGACAAAGUAUAUGUGAAGUCGUUUACAUGGCAAAUAAAUUUUGUGACAUGACGGGCAGUGUAAUUAACUGGCAUAAAACAACUGCCUUUUGGUACGGCAACUGGGAUGUGAGGCCUGAGGUAUACCUUAACGUAAAAUGGGAAAGCAAACCCCUAGAGUACCUCGGUGUACCCUUGGACAGCUAUCGCGACAACGCGGAUUACUGGAAAGGUGAAGCAGAAACCCUCAGGCAAAAAACAAAUGCCUGGGGUGGUCGGGAUCUGUCUAUAUUCGCACGUGCAACUGUGUGCAACAUGUUUUUGAUAUCAAAAAUCUGGUAUGUCAUGCAAGUUAUCUGUAUGUCACGCGUCAAUGUACAGAAGUUUCACAGGAUUUUUGCUGUGUUUGUGUGGAAAUCACCGUGGGAACGUACAAGCCGGUCUAAUUUAUUCCAGUCCGUUAGUAAUGGCGGACUCGGUUUAUGUCAUUUAUUUAUUAGACAAGUUGUCUCUCGGUUUAUUUUCCUUCGCGAUCAAAGAAACAAAUUUCUGCAAACAGUGAUAAAAGUAAGGCUGUCAUCACGCAUCCCAGAUUUUGUUGUGUCUACGGACAGUGGUAUGUGCCGAUAUGUGUCUGGUUUUUUGAGAGAAGUUAUACAGUCUUUUGAGUUUUUGAAAGUGCGUUUUUCGCUGGAAUAUCUUGCCACUGUUAAGCGAAAAAAACUGUACAGAGAUCUCCGUGAUGUCUUGUUACCAACACCUUUGUACAGAUCUAUGUUCAAUGGAGGACCCGGACAGGAUGUUUUGAAAAGGGUCAAAAAGAUGAAAGUAAAAGCAGGGGCAAAAACUUUCUUUUUUAAAUUGCAUUCCGGGACUCUCCCCGUAAAGCAGUGGCUAGCGGACAAGGGAAUCGAUGUACCAUGGACAACCAAUUGUUUACUUUGUAAAACACCUGAGACAAUAGACCAUGUGUUUAUUCAUUGCUGGGACGCUGUCUUUCAUUGGGACAUCCUUCAAAGAACAUUGAAAAAAGAUCUCCCCAUUACAAGCCAUGGCAUUCGUUUUCUCUGUGUGGAUGAGGACGACGGCAUACCAUACGACAUGGUUAUGUUAAUUAGCCUUCACAGCAUCUGGCAGACCACUAUGGCUUACAGACAUCUUGACCAGAACAUACGUCCUGUCCGGGAGAACUUCAUUGCAAAUAUGCGGUAUAUCACUGAGGUGUAUAAACAAGAAGAAGAACCUCCCAGCUGGCUAACAAUGUUAGAGGAAUUGUGCAACCUGAAAAAAUUUUAA